AAGCCUUGACGCAAAUGACGAGGACGAACAUGGCGGCUGAAUAGCAGUUGAGUCUUGUUGCCAUGUGAAAAAAAAAAAAUCUGAAAUGGAGAAAAAAACAAUUCCACUUAUAGCAGCGGGGAGAACUCCAACCCACAACAGACGAAACAAAGCCAAAUCCAACUACUGUAUUCUGUGCCGCAGCUUAUAUCAGAAACAUGAAGCUCAUGAGCAUAUGCAUAGUAUGCUGCAUCACAGAGAGCUGGAGACAGCGAUGGGCAAGGAUACAUUUCAUGACUGUCAGGCGUGCAAGGUAUCCGAAUUGAGUUUCGAUGAGUAUGCAAAGCACAUAUCUACCUCUCAACACAAUGCCAAGUUGAAGACCUUGAAUUCCAAAAAUGUGAGCCCCACUCCUCUGUGGAACACUUUGGGCCCCGCCGUGUUUCAACAAAUCAAGGAGCGAAACAAGUUGCUGAAGUUUCAGGAGAAGAAAGAAAUAAGAAAGAAAAGAAAGAAACAGAAGCAGGAAGCUGGUAGGAAACAUGCAGAAAUGAUGAAGGGAGCCACUGGAAAAAACAAAGGGGUGUCCAAAGUAGCAAAGGCGGAAAAAUCCAAACAAGUGAAAAACACAAGGAUACUGAAACAGAUGCAGAAAACCCACCAGGGAGGAAGCAACAAGGCAUUCUUAAAAAAUAUAGAGAAUAAAGUGUCCAGUCUGCAGAGACCUCCUCACCAGAGACCUCCUCACCAAAAAGAGGCAACCUUGCAGAAUCAAAGUGAGAGAUCGUCUUCUUUGUCAGGAGAGCCUGCAGGUCAAACUUUGCAUCAAAAUAAUGUCCGAGACCAGUUCACCCAAUCAAUUCAGCAGAUGAGCUAUGAUGUCAACAAUCCAAGCAGCAAAGUUAAAAUGGAGAUCACCCAAUCAGAUAGACUUUUAAACAGACUUAAAAAUACCCAAGGAGGGACUAGCAGUAUGCCAGGACAAAAAACAUGGCCAGCUAACAGCCAGUGUGGGUAUAACUACAAGCAGCUUAGUAGUGAAUCAGACUGCGACUUCACAAGUGAUAACCUCCCUCAGAAUGGAGGGCUCAUCUUUGACCACUAUGAGAGUGAUGGAUCUACUCAGGCAGGACAAGACGGCUCAAAUUCAGCAAAACCUGCUUCAGAAAACAACACGGCUCCCAUACGGGAUGUUGACAUCAGUGCGAUGCUGCGGCACAUCAGGAGAGCGCUGGGAGUACGGGAGCCGUGUAGGGCAGAUCGUGAAGCUCGGAGGCAGAACAGUGAGGCAGACAACCGGAUGGCUGAUCUUGGCACUAUGCAUCAAAUUGGAGCUGAAAAGGAGCAGCCAGGUGGUAGAUCCAACUCCUCCCAGGUCAACUCCCCUGCCCCGCCAUCCGGUUCUGGAAUUCAAACUUGCAAUGCAGCUCAAGCUAAGUCAAAGCAGGCAACACUCGGAGUGACACAAAGAGCGACUCAGCCAGUUGAGAAGAGCUCCGUGGUUGAAGGUGGCUCAAAUGGAGCUUUAAGCAGUGGGCCGAGAGAGUCUCAGGUGGCCGUCAAAAGCCAGGCUUUGGUCAACCAACAUUCAGGCCAGACCGCUACUUCUGAACCAAAUGUAAAUAUCACCCCCAAGGUCCGAGUUGCCCGUAAAACAGCAAGCAAUUUGACGAUCUCGUCAGCCCAGAGUAAGCAGAGCUGGACGGAGAUGUAUAAAGAGAUGAAAUGGAAGAAGCUCGAGAGGGUGAAAGGGAUGCCGAGGUUUGGGAUUGAGGUGGUGAAUCAGACAGACCGAGAACGCAAGACACAAGCAGAGGACAACGACCUGCCUCUGUCAGAAGGCUUCCACUGGGAAUCAUUCCCAGACAGUCCUUCAGCCGCACACUGGACUGGACUACCUACUCCUCCACCCCAGGACAAUGUAGCUAAUAACUGUCAUAUAGAAACGCAGUCAAAUUUACAAAUGCAGGAGCCUCUGGAGCAGCCUGCUGCAGGACAGGACGGCAAUCAGACGGCUGAAACUGUCCAUGUGAAGGAGGAACCAAACCUAGAAAGAGAAGAUGUAGAAAAGAGAAGCAACAGUGUUAGUAACAAGAGGAAGCCCAACGUUGUUGUGCAUGAUGGUGCUUCUGACGAGCAGCCCAGCAGAAAAAGGAAGAAAUCAAAGCCCCACAAGGACCAGGACCAGAUGGACCAGCUGUUGGCUGUGUCUCUGAGGGAGGAGGAGCUGAGCCACUCGUUACAGGAUCUGGACAAUUCUCUGGUUCAGGCCCGCAACGCCCUGCAAGCCGCCUACACGGAGGUCCAAAGACUGCUGCUGUUUAGACAGCAGUGUACUGCAGAGAUCAACAGUCUGAGGGCCAAGCGCAUCGAGAUCCUGCAGGGGAUGCAAGGAGUAUACUCAGGAGCAUCUAAUGCAGCAGAGAUAGCCACCACCUCCUCAGCAGGGGCUGUUACUGUCAUGCAGCCAAGAGCCUCUCCCCUUCCUACCUCUGCUGCUUUCCACACCGCCUCCAACCAGCAACCGCUCCCCACAAACCCAACCUCCACCGCCGGCCAACCUCAUCCAACCCCUCUUGCCAGGCAGUUAAAGCAAGAAAUGUGCGAAGGACUUACGGUUUCCUGUAACCCUGAUAAACCUCAGGUUCCUGUGAACCAACCUGUGCACCUGUUUCCGCCUAAUCUCCUUCCUUCACUGCUGCUCACAUCACCACACUUAGCCGCUCCUACAGCUGCUUUUAACCCCCUCCCACAUCUCAGAGCGGAGAGUUCCACAUCAGUGAAUACUUCUCCUGAAUCAUCUUCCAGACUGCAGGGACAGACGGCAAAGGAGGGGUUAAAUGACCGCAUAGAGAUGGUGAAUUUAGUCGAAGAUGAGGAACAGGAAGUCGAUCCAGAGGAAGACACAGAAGAAUGUCUACCAACAAAAGAAAAUGCAUCAUCGGCAUCUGUGGUCGACAACAAAGGGAGUGAGAGUGACGACUCUGUGGAGAUGAUGGAGCCCUCAGACAUGGUGGUCAUCGAUAUCGAUGAGUCAGACAGCGAGGAGGCCGUCUCAAAUGUUCCUGUCCACAAAGAUCCUCCUCAGAAGUCUGUCAGUGUGGAGUUCAGCUCUGCAGGCACACAGACCAAUCAGACAAAUGAUGCAGAGAGAAAAGUUCAGCCUGCAGUUAAACACACAGGUGAUCCUCCAGAGUCGGUUGAGCUGUGCGAUGAUGAGAAACUAUACUUGGGAACUUUCAUGAACCACACCGGCUCCGUCCAUGGCCUCCAAAUUCACGAUGGGCGGCUGUACACAUGUUCAGGGGACAACACAGCCCGGGCCUACAGUCUGAUGAGCAAGGAGUGCCAAGUGGUAUUUGAAGGUCACACAAACAAAGUCAACUGUCUAGUCGUGGCGUCCCUCCCCAACUUGCCUGUACGCCUCUACACCGGAUCCAGUGACCAGACGAUCCGCUGUUACAGCACAAAGACUAAUAGGUGUCUGGAGCAGAUCACACUAUCAGACAGAGUGCUGUGUCUGCACAUUGCCUGGAACAUUCUGUUCGCUGGACUCGCCAAUGGAUCAGUGGCCAGCUAUGACUUAAAGACUCUAAAGCAGUUGGAUGUGUUUGAGUGUCACGGCCCACGCGGCGUGAGCUGCCUCGGUACAGCACAGGAAGGCGCCCGCCGAGUGCUGCUGGUCGGCUCCUAUGACAGCACCAUCAGCGUACGAGACGCCAAGAGCGGCCUGCUGCUGCGCUCGCUGGAGGGUCACACCAAAACUGUGCUCUGUAUGAAGGUGGUGAAUGAUCUGGUCUUCAGCGGCUCCAGUGACACUUCAGUCCACGCCUACAACAUCCAUACGGGCGAGUUGGUUCGUAUCUAUAAGGGUCACGGGCACGCUGUCACGUCAAUCGUCAUCUUGGGGAAAGUGAUGGUGACAGCCUCUCUGGAUAAACUGGUCAGAGUUUAUGAGCUACAGUCUCAUGACCGCUUGCAGGUGUACGGCGGUCACAGCGACAUGGUGAUGUGCAUGGCCGUGCAUAAGAGCGUGAUCUAUACGGGCUGCUAUGACGGCAGUGUUCAAGCUGUGAAGCUCAACUUAAUGAAGAACUACCGCUGCUGGUGGCAGAAUUGCUCUCUGAUCUUUGGCCUGGCAGAGCAUCUUGUGCAACACCUAGUCCGAGAUCACAACAACCCAAAUCUGCAGACUGUGAAAUGUCGCUGGAGGAGCUGCAGCGCUUUCUUUUCCACACAGCAGUCGGUCAGACAGGAGUUGCCUGAACACAUGAAGAGCCACGUGGAGAAGGACAGCCGAGUGCAGCCCUGACAGCCACAAUGUGGCAGAUAUCAGGGGUUUUUCAAACAUUUACAACACAUCAGAUCUUUUUUUUUCUCAUUUGUUCUAAGGUUCUUUUCAGGAUAGUGUGUUUUAUCUAACACUAAUUCUCAACAGUGAGUAGGAGCAUUUUGUUUCUCCUCUGUGACCUCGGUGGCAGCGAGUGAAGACAGACCACAUGUUGUUGAUCCCUGAAGCGGUUGCUCGGCGAGGUCGAGAUGUUGAGUCUUUUAACAGCUCUUAUUAACUAUCAGUUCAAGUUAUCAGUAACUAAACUCUAUUUUAAGAGUGACAUGGAUCCUUACUGUGCGUUUGGAUCUGUUGGUCAGCAUGUUUAUACUUCUCACUGUCAAUAUAUGGCAUGGCUUUAAACACCACACAAUAUGAUAAACAGUCUUUACAUACACCUCAGUGUGUUUUUAUGUAGAGAAAGUUCAACUUUGAACUACUUUGAAAAUCCAACAUAUUACACGGUGUGUCUGGAUUUGAAGAGGAGGUCAUAUUUAAAAGUUGGCUAAGAUCCUCUAAAAUCAAUUUAGUUCAACAUCAAAUCUCAGCAACCAGGUUUUUACUAUCAACCUACCCAAUCCAGAGUUCAUUUAAACAGUAUUCCACCUCUUUCAGAGGGAUCUAUAUAAAUUACAGCAGAAAAAAUCACCUGCCCAUUCUUUAUCCUCGGAUAAGCGCCUACGAACAAAGUGCAUCUUGUCAGUUUUGGCAUUCACUGUGUUGUGCUUUGCUGGUCGCAGAUAAUGUCGCUAUGGGCUUCAAGGUGAGAUUCAGAGUGAAAUACUUUUUUCAUUUCACUCCUGGAACAUGUUUGCACAUGUGCAGUAAAUGUGCUACUUAAAUUCUCCCUCAUCCUUUAAAGAGACUGAUGUGUCGUAUUUUGGUAGAUAACUUUUACAGGUGAUGUUCAUCCUCAAAACAGGCGGCAAUCGGAUUUUAUACCUUAUCCUAAGACAUCAGCUGUUAUUAUUGGUCAUUUGAGGAAUGAUAAGGGCCUUCUCUCUCUGCAAUCAGAGGGUGUUUCAGGAUGUUGGUAGGAUUUUUAAACCCUUCUUAAGGUUUUCUGAAACUUUAUUUCCAAGACAUCUGUGCUGAAGGAAGUCAGAAAUGGAUGACAGGUCGAUUGACUAAAUAAACAGAUUUUACUUGAUUGUAAUUUGCAUUGAUAAAAACGGUGAAAUUUGGGGAAAAAAAUCUGAAUUUUAAACGUACAAGCUAAUUUUUAGCAACCUGCACCUUCUUUAAAAGUUGCACAAUUUGUAAGUCUGCUUUCAAUCAAUUCCAGAUUUGAGGUGUUUCAUCAUGCACUGACGUGGCUCGUUCGUUUGCUUGAGAUCACAGCGUAGAGUUAAUUUAUUCUUAAAUCGUCUUGACCCAGACUAUGGUCUCCUGUCAGACAUGAGAACCUUAUUCCUACAUCUUUCAACAUACCAGCCGUUUAUUUAUCAUAACUUCAACCUUCUCCCGAGCAUUGCUGGUGGCAAUGCCCUUAUUGCUUAUAUGUUUAGACAUUCAUCCAUCUUUUCCUGCAGUGAAAGAAAGUCGUUUAGAAUCUGUUAAAACAUCAACUUGAAGAAUGAGGCCUUAUUUUUUGUAAGUCAUAUUGUACAGUGUAUGUUUGAAUGUGUUUCAUACCUACUGAACGUGUACAGCAAUAAAAAAAACAAAUAUA